AUGAACCCAGACACCAGAAACCCAUCAUGUCUUCUGUACGGAGCGUUAGAUGCGCGAUACGAAGACCGCCCGAUGCCCGUGCUUGACAACCCGCAUGAUGUUAUCGUUCAGAUCGCAUAUACGGGUGUUUGUGGCAGCGAUGUCCACUUCUGGCUGCACGGCGGAAUCCGCACCUACGUCUCCGAAACGCAGCCCCUGACCAUGGGCCACGAAGCCUCGGGUACAAUCCACGCAGUAGGCUCAGGCGUGACCACUCUCGCCCCGGGAGACAGAGUCGCCAUCGAACCCGGCUACCCCUGUCGACGUUGUCCGCGCUGCAAAUCUGGUCGCUACAACCUCUGUCCCGAGAUGAAAUUUGCGGCCGAUCCGCCAUUCACCCAUGGAACUCUUACGCGGUAUUUCAAGCUCCCUGCGGAUUUCUGCUACAAGAUCCCCGAUCAUAUCAGUCUGGCUGAUGCCGUGCUCAUGGAGCCGUUGGCGGUGGCUAUCCAUGCGGUGAGGCUGGCGGAUGUGAAGCCGGGGAAUAGGGUGGUUGUUUUCGGGGCGGGCACGGUGGGACUGUUCUGUGCGGCUGUGGCGAGGGAAUUUGGGGCUGCAGUGGUGGUUUCGGUGGAUGUGUUGGAGAAGAGACUGUGUUUUGCGAAGGAGUUUAUUGGGACUGUGGGACGGACUGCUAUGCCGGAUUUAUCGAUUACUCCGGAGGAGAAUGCUCAGCGCUUGAUACGGACUCAUGGUCUAGGUGAAGGGGCGGAUGUUGUUAUCGAUGCAUCUGGGGCUGAGGCUUCUGUGCAGACGGGUGUGUUUUCCUUGCGCAUGGGGGGGGACGUAUGUGCAGGCUGGGAUGGGGAAGCGUAA